UCGCCGCCGCCGCCGCUUUGGAGGAGAUGUGCCGUUUAUUCAGCUGCUGAAUGAGGGACGGAACGGAAAGAAGGAUGAGCAGACUGAGGAGAACAGGAUGAGUGGAUGAAUGAGCGGAUCCCGACCUGGGCUUCACGCAGAGUGCAGAACCGCUCCACACAUGAAGCGAACAGCUGCAGUCCUCCACACCGUCACAUGUUGAACUGUGCUUCAAGGACUUGGACGUCAUUCUACGUGGCAAAAACCCAGUAGAACCAGUAGAGUCCAGUGAAGGCCCAGCAGCGCCAGCAGAAAUGGCUCCAGCAGCCAUGUCUCUGCCUCCAUCGUCCCUUCACCCCUCCCGAAUCUCAUCUUCUUGCCUUUUCUUCCUCUCUUGCUAUCUCCUCCUGGCAUGUCCUGGGUCAGUUCACUCAAGUGCGCCUGAGAGCAACUGCUCUGCUAGUGGAGACCCAUGUCAAGAAGGAGUGGUACUGCCCGUGUGGAACCCUCAGAACCCCUCUGUGGGGGAUAAAGUGGCAAGGGCCAUUGUUUACUUUGUAGCACUCAUCUACAUGUUCCUGGGUAUGAGCAUUAUAGCGGACCGAUUCAUGUCAUCUAUAGAGGUCAUAACCUCCCAGGAGAAGGAAAUCACCAUAAAAAGGCCAAAUGGCGAGACCACCACGGCCACGGUCAGGAUCUGGAACGAGACCGUUUCUAACCUCACUCUAAUGGCCUUAGGUUCCAGUGCCCCUGAGAUCCUGCUGUCUGUUAUUGAGGUGUGCGGUCACGGAUUUGAGGCUGGAGCUCUGGGUCCCAGCACAAUCGUGGGCAGCGCCGCCUUCAACAUGUUCAUCAUUAUUGCCCUGUGCGUGUAUGUGGUUCCCGAUGGUGAGACUCGCAAGAUCAAACACCUACGGGUGUUUUUUGUCACAGCGGCUUGGAGUGUCUUUGCCUACAUUUGGCUGUACCUGAUUCUGAGUGUCUUCUCCCCUGGAGAGGUGGAGGUUUGGGAGGCGGUGCUGACCUUCCUCUUCUUCCCCCUCUGCGUCGUCCAGGCCUGGGUGGCUGACCGGCGUCUCCUUUUCUACAAAUAUGUCCGUAAGCGUUACAGAGCUGACAAGAACCGUGGCAUCAUCAUCGAGACUGAAGGAGCCGACGGAGGGCUUGGAGGUAUAGACAGAGGUGGUGGGGGAGCGCUUGGUCCAGGGGGAUUCACCAAGAUGGACAUGCUGGAGCUAGACGGGCAGAUGGCAUUGAACUGUCACAGCGGGCUGGACGGAGGGCUGAUGGAAGAGGGAGGGGCAAAGGACGAGGAGGAUGAAGCCAGAAGGGACAUGGCGAGGACACUGAAGGAACUUAAGCAGAGGCACCCGGAUAAAGACAUGGAGCAACUGAUCGAGAUGGCGAACUAUCAGGUCCUGAUGCAGCAGCAGAAGAGCAGAGCAUUCUACCGUAUCCAAGCAACCAGGAUGAUGAUCGGAGCGGGAAACAUCCUCAAGAAGCACGCCGCUGACCAGGCCCGCAAGGUGGUGAGCAGCAAUGAGACCCAGGCCCGGGAGGACGACCCCCACACUGUUAGGCUGGAGUUUGAACCCCCUUUGUACCAGUGCUUUGAAAACUGCGGCUCCUUAAAGUUGACUGUCGCCAGACAUGGAGGAGAACCUGGAGUUACUGUGAAGGUGGAUUAUCGCACGGAGGAUGGUACAGCAAACGCAGGUUCGGAUUAUGAGUUUGCUGAGGGAACGCUGCUUUUCAAGCCAGGAGAGACCCUCAAAGAGAUCACAGUUGGAGUGAUUGACGAUGACAUAUUUGAGGAAGACGAGUACUUCUACGUCCACCUCAGUAACCCUCGGGUGGUUGGUUAUCCUGAGAUUGGCACUGCACCGUUGGAUGCAAGUGUCACCCCGAAAGCUGUGCUGGGUGACAACCACACAGCCACAGUGACCAUCUACGAUGACGACCACGCAGGUAUCUUUACCUUUGAGACCGCCAGUCAGAGGGUGAGCGAGAGCGUUGGAGUGAUGGAAGUGAAGGUGCUUAGGACAUCAGGUGCCCGAGGCCUUGUAGCUGUCCCCUACAGAACUGUGGAUGGUACCGCCAAGGGUGGAGAGGACUACGAAUUGGCUGCUGGCAAGCUGGAGUUUCAGAAUGAUGAGACGAUGAAGAUCAUCGAAGUGAAGAUCAUCGAUGAUGAGGAGUAUGAGAAGAACAAGACCUUCACCAUUGAGCUGGGGGAGCCUGUUCUGUUGGAGAUAGGGCAGAAACACGGCGACUCCAAUGAGAACAAGCCUGUGGUUGGAGCAGAGGAAGAAGAGGUGGCUAAGAUGGGCUGCCCCAGUCUGGGUGAACACACACAAGUAGAGGUGGUCAUAGAGGAGUCCUACGAGUUUAAGAAAGCAGUAAAUGAGCUUCUUUGGCGUUCGGACAAGAGCACAGUGGAUAAGUUGAUCAAGAAGACGAACCUGGCUCUGGUGGUGGGAAGCAGCAGCUGGAGAGAGCAGUUCGUGAGUGCCGUUACUGUCAGUGCAGGAGAUGACGAUGAAGAGGAGAGUGGCGAGGAGAGGCUGCCUUCCUGCUUUGACUACAUCAUGCACUUCCUCACCGUAUUUUGGAAGGUCCUGUUCGCCUUCGUCCCACCCACAGAGUACUGGAACGGCUGGGCCUGCUUCAUCGUCUCCAUAUCGCUCAUUGGUGUUCUGACGGCUGUCACCGGAGACUUGGCAUCACACUUCGGCUGCACGAUAGGACUGAAGGACUCUGUGACGGCUGUGGUGUUUGUGGCGUUAGGAACAUCAGUACCAGACACAUUCGCCAGUAAAGUCGCUGCCAUCCAGGACCAGUACGCUGACGCCUCUAUCGGCAACGUCACCGGCUCCAACGCCGUCAACGUGUUCCUCGGCAUCGGGGUGGCGUGGACCAUCGCUGCCGUUGCCUGGCGCGCCAAGGGCAUGCCGUUCAAGGUGGACCCCGGUAACCUGGCCUUCUCCGUCACCCUCUUCACCAUCCUGGCUGUAGUGUGCGUGCUCACACUGCUGUACCGGCGACGGGCUACUGUGGCUGGUGGCGAGCUUGGCGGCCCGCGGACUUGCAAGAUAAUAACGUCGCUGCUGUUCAUCUCGCUGUGGCUGAUUUACAUCCUGCUGGCUUCACUGGAGGCCUACUGCCACAUACCAGGGUUUUAAAGGAGAGGAGAGGGGAGGGAGAGAGACACUGCCAAAAUAUAAAUGAAAAGAGAAAGGGAGGAAACAGGAAAAAGAGGUGGAUCAGAGUGGGCAGAUCUUGUAUUUUUAAGAGUCUGCAUAUGCUAUAAUUUUUUCUUUAUUUAAGUUAAACUUUUCAAUGUCUCAUAAAUAUUAUUUUUUAUUUAUUUCAUUUCCUAUUAAAGAGUGUGAACUAUAAUGGAAAUAUAGAAAUCUCAACAAUAUCAAAAGUUAUUUUUAUCUAAUGAUGAAGAAUAUUAAAGAGAGAGUCUCCAUUAAGUAUUCAUGAACAUAAAGCUUGGAUGAUAACAUUACAGAGCAGUUUUUAAGAGUGCUUUUAUGUAGUUCCAGUUUCCUGCCAAACAAGUUUAGGAGAAGAAGAAGAAGAAAAAGACAGCAGGGAGAGCUGUUAGCCAAUCAGCCGGCCUCUGAAGGUAAAAACAAAAGGGGAAGAAAAGGGGAAAGGGUGAAAGUUAAAAGUGGAGAAGUUGAGAGAGGAGGCUCGAGGCAACAAACUCGGAAAAAAGUCUGCAUAAAAAGUUAUCAAGAAACCAGAGGAGACAACACAGAGAAAGAUUUAAAGAAGACGAAUAGCUGCAGCACCUCUUCGAUCUCGCUCUCUGAACAGGAGCACUGGUUACUCCCAUUUUACCACCUGAACUCUCUCUAAUACCAUCAACAACUUUAAACUCAUUUCUCCCAGUUGUAAAACACAGAAGCUCACACUCCGGGGCCCUCAGGUGAAUCUGCAGCGGGGGGAACACUCACUAACUUGUGAUUGUGCAGGCAAGAUAAAAACUGACAACCUUUUUUUGUCUUUCCUUCUCUUCUUGAAUACACUGUGCUGAAUCAUCCAUUCCUCCUACACAUGCACACACUCUUACUGUACACUACCUUUCCUACAACCACUCCACAGACUGUACGCUCUCCUCCCUCCCUCCUGCCUUACUAUAAUCCCCUCCUGUAGGAACUGUCUCAGAGUUGUGAUAAUGAGUCGCUGUAGUCACAAUAACCCUCUUUUUACUUGAGCCAAUCCCAAGUUCCUCUCAUUUUAUGCCAAUCAACAGCCUCAUCAAGGAAAAAACACCCUCCCCCCUUUUUUUCUAAACUUUUUAAUGGCGUCACGUGUUGAUGUUGUUACCGUGCAAUUGUAAAAAAAAUAAAGACUUAUUGAUAUGUGAUGAGAGGAUGGAAACAAAGAGAUUUAAAGAAGAUUGUUCAGAAGAUUGGAUGUAAUAUCAAGAUGUUGGAUUAGCAGCUGUAGCUGUUGAGAAAUCUCAAAUUUGGAUCAAAAAAAGUCCACCUUGUUAUAGUUGUCUUUCUUGCUGUUGAGAAGCAUUGUGCACUAACAUCGUGAGGUACACUGUUUACAAUCUAAAGUUGCAUUAAAAAGCCAGGAAGCCACACAAGGACAAGCAGAGCUGGAAAAUUGUACUAAGCUGGGAGACACCAACAAACAAGACAGCAGAGGACCAAUCAGAAUGAAGGAUCUAAAGGAAAAUGGCGGCGUUUUGUCAAAGACAAAUCAAAACUAUGACCAUAUCUAGUGUUUCUAAUUGUACAUGAUUAUAUAAGAAACUUUUAUCAAUGUGUGUGAGAAACUGAUGUAUAAUUUAUGUAAAGUCCCCAUCUUUGUAAAGAAAACCCUGGAGGGGUGAAGGCUUGGAAGCAUGGAAGCUCCAUGUGCCGUUUUUUUUUUUUUUUUUCUGUAACACAGCUCAACAAAAGCUUUUAAGGAAAUGCAUCACCAGGGAAAAAGACAGUUUGGGCUGAUGACGAACAAAAAAAAUCAGUGAUGACUCACAGAUGGAGAUUGAAACGCUCUGAGGGGAAAUGUACGGCAGCUCUGAAAUAUCAAGACUGUUCUGCAGAAGUUGUAACGUUUGCUUUCUACUCAAAAUGAAAAUCACAAGUCUCUGUUAUCCAAAGAUUUAAUGGGAGAGCACUGUCACGCAUCACAGUUCAUUUAAAGUGUGCUGUUUUAACUUGUACAAGUCCCACAAGCCGCCAGUGCUGGUGGAAAAACUGGCUAUUUGAAAAUAUGUGUUCACUCUACAGAUUAAUGUGAUUGGUAUUAUUGAUGGGAGUGGGUCUACAUCAGCUGUGCAACAUUUUUGUGAUGGGUUUGCCGAUUCAGGUGUGGGGGGAGUGAAAGCUAAAAAAAAACAUUGCCACAUAUCAUCCGAUAUCAACCGUUGUGUUGUCGUGUGUCUGAGAAUGUGUGGACUCCAGGUUUACAUUAUGUCUGCGUUAACACCCCCGCUCUGCCCUCUGGCUGGUCUGACACUCGGCAGAAGGAGAAGCAUACGGCUUGUCGGUGCGAAUGAUUGUUAAAUGUAACAACAACGCAGUAGGAAAAGCUUCCUUUAACUGCCCACAACACUUUUUGGUACACUUCAAAGAAAAUCCUGAGAGAAAACAAUAAUUAAAACGUGUGUUUUACCACCAUUCACCAAGAGAAAAAGAGGACUGAAAACAACUAUUUACCUGCCCACCAUUCGCUUGGUAAAUAUGGACAAAUUACCCACUGCUUUCAUCCUUUUGUAAAUGCACAGGAAGCUCAGACGUGACCAGGCUAAACAAACAGGAGUCUUUGCAAAGGUGAAUGCUUGAACAAAUGGGGGAUAAGUGGUUAUAUAGGGCAGAGAAAAUACGGAUAUGUUUCCUGUUGUCUCUGAAAUGGGACACUAAACACUUCUUUCUCAUUCUGACAGCUGUUACAGAAAGGAUAAAGUGUCAUAUCUUAAACUGUGAUGGUAGAAAAUCUGUUAAACAGCACCAAAAGCUUCAGUGAUUCCUCAAACAACUUAAGCUCAGCAUCUCUGUCUCAGCCGAUUUCAGACAGGCUUAGCCAAGAUUCAGGGUUGGAGGGAAUUUGGUCACCUGCCAUGAUUUUCUCACUCUAUUUCAAGGACUAUUUCUUGGCUGCAAAUAUUUGACGCUGCUGUCUUGAAAUUAGACAUGAUGGUAUGCCAAAGGUUGGACAAGAGCUGCCCUGACGUGAGAAUUAGUGUAUACUCAAAGAAAUUUCUGUGUGAAGUGUGUCUGCAGGGCCGUAGCCAGACCUUUAGAAGUACUGAGCCUGUGGAGCCCCCAUCUCCCCCAUACAGAAAAGUCUGUCAUUCUGGAGAAAGAAAUUUCAAGAACUACAGUUUCUGAUUAUAAAUCCAUUUGAUUUAUUUUACAAUGUCUUUUUUUUGUUGUUAACUUGUGUCAAAUUUGGAUAUAUGAAGUCAGCUGUGCUAUCUAGCACGGUACAGCAAGUGUGGCAGGUAUAUUAUCGUGAUGUCUGCCAUUUAAGUGUAGCGUGUUGGCUUUUACUGGCUUAUAAGUGCUUAACAUGACAAGUACAAUGGAGGCCAAUCAGAAUAUCUUUAAAGUUAUUUUGUCCUUAGUUACACUACUCAAAAUUGAAAUUCCACUUUGUGUUGACGCUAGAGAUGUCUCGAUUGUGAAAUUAGGGCUGAUUCUUAACCCCUUUUUUUAUUUUUUUGCUACAACACAAUUGCAGAAAUCGACAUCACGGACUGGCUGUCCUUCAAAUAGAACUUGAUAUACAGAUUUGAAAACAUCAACAAAAUUAGCCCAGCUAGCUUGCUAUGCUAGCUUGGCAACUAUGUCAACAGGAAAUUAUCCUGACACAUCAGCCAGACUGGUUUUUUGUCUCCACUGCAUGGAUAUUUUACGUUUGUUUGUGAAACCUCUCAUAAAAAGCAUUUGGGAAGGGCAGGCCUUUUUAGAAAAUUCUUGGUAGGUGAUUGGAUGUGCUGUCUGCCACAUUCAUUACGGGCCAAUCAGAGCGGCAGAACAAAAUGAGGUAGCAGACAUGAACAGCUCCAGUGCUAACCUGAGCUGUACAGGCUAGUGCUGCUAUAGUUUAUGAACAGAUGAUGUGCCAACACAGCCCUGCCAAAAGAACCUGUCGGUGUGGCUCUUUGCUCUUGUUUUAAUAGAGAAAUGUGGUAAAACUGCCGCUGUGGCUAA